GAGGAGGCUUAAUUACUAAGACACUUGAUAUGAAUGAUAUUUUCUCCUGCUAAGUCUUAACAGGGAUAGAUGAUAGUGCUUCUUUCACUGAAGAGUAUGAGAAGUUGUUUUAGUCAGGCUUGGAUCUAACCCAUAAAAAACAUGUACACUUUCAUAGAAGCUACUCUUCCUGGAACUGUUUUUUUUAUCUGUACUUUUUACGUCAAGACUUGCAUGUCGCUGGAGAACGUGACAGAGAAAGGCCAAGCUGAAAAUGAUUACUCCACCGAUAAUUUUGACUACAGUGCUUAUGUUACAGUGUGUGAGAAGCAAUCAAACCGUAAAUUCCGCAAUUGGUUUAUGCCCACUAUUUACUCGCUUAUUUGCUUUGUAGGCCUGGUGGGUAAUCUGCUUGUGAUUCUCACCUAUGUUUACUUUAAGCGGCUGAAGACGAUGACUGAUGUGUACUUGCUCAACUUAGCAGGAGCUGAUCUUCUCUUUGUGUUGACAUUGCCCUUCUGGGCAGCGAGCUUCCUUGAUGAGUGGAUGCUAGGGUCAUUCUUAUGCAAAGCCAUGUACAGCAUUUACAAGGUCAGCUUCUAUAGUGGAAUGCUUCUGUUGACCUGCAUCAGUGUAGACCGCUAUUUUGCCAUCGCUCGGGCUAUUUCAGCUCAUCGGCAUCGUUCACGGGCAGUCUACUUCAGCAAGGUGUCCUCAGUUGUGCUCUGGAUUCUUGCCCUACUCUUUUCAGUACCUGAAAUGGCAUACACUGGAAUCAAUGAUAAUCGUACUUGCGCAAUUAUUAAUUCAGGUGAGAAAAAUGUGCGAAUGACUAUCCAGAUAAGCCAGAUGAUUGCAGGGUUUGUCCUGCCAGCUGUGGUGAUGGGUUUUUGCUACUGUGGAAUUGUGCAAACACUGAUGCAGGCACAGAACUUUGAAAAGAACAAAGCUAUCAAGGUCAUUUUUGCUGUGGUGGCUGUCUUUUUGCUCUUUCAGUUGCCCUACAACAUAGCUUUGCUGAUACAAACAAUCUCAGGGGGUAGUAUGAAGUGUGCGUUUGACAACGAACUGCUUUUUGCUUUAGACAUCACCCAGAGCCUGGCAUUCACACGUUGUUGCCUCAAUCCUUUCCUUUAUGCCUUCAUUGGAGUUAAGUUUCGUCACGACCUGUUCAAGUUGCUGAAAGACCUUGGCUGUGUGAGUCAGGAGCGUUUCUUCCAGUACACCACCUGCUCCAGGAAAAGGUCGUUUGACACUAAGGAUACUGAAACCAGCACUUCUUUUUCUCCAUAAACCCAGCAAUCAUAUUGCUUUGGUACAAAUGGUCACCAUCCAGCUAAAUAUGCUGUAGCUCAUUAGCUCCAGUAUUGCUCAAAUUUUAAAUAUUUAGCUAACAGUUCACAUUCCCCAUAAACCUUCAGGACACUAGAUAUGCAGCUAUCCAAAUAUAUAAUACAAACCUGACAUUUGCUUGAGACACUCCAAUUGCACGGCCUUCUUAUUUCCCUCUAUCACUAUACUCUGCUUAGUCUGUGUUUGUUUUCAAGUGUAGUGAUAUGUCAAGUGAAGUGAUCAUAUGCAUUAUAUUAUAUAUUAUUGCGGUGUAAUAAAAAAAUAUGAUUACUAGUUUAAAGAAUAUAAUACAUGUAAUAAUGUUUAUACACAUAAAUGGUAUUACUUGUAUUGUUUGACAAUCUUUUAUUUUUCAUCGUCUAUUUUUACCUAAAACUUUUCUUAUGCAAUGAAUGUAAAAUACCUAAAGAAUGGGUCAGUGUAAACAUUGUGAAGAUCUAUACCAAAUAGAAUCCAAUUAUUAUGCUCUUAAAAUGUUUUAAUCAACUGAAUGUCUGGUUUCUUGGUUAUUAUCUUUAAUUUCUAAAAAUAUAGAUCUUGACAGCAUAUUUUAAAGCUAUGUUAAUGUUGGUUAUGUGUAUACAGGCUUAUCAUAUUAAUGUUAAAUGUUUGUACAGCAUGACAAAAAAUAUAGGUUAGUGCGCUCAGAAAUGCAAAUGAUAUCUGUAAUGAAUUCCAUUGAAAUAAUGAAAUAUGUGUAUUACUGUGUUUUUGCAAAUAAACAAAUAAUCAACUCAUA